AACAGCAAUCCCUUCUCAAAUAACAAUCCUUUCCAUCGCUUCAUUCACGUUUCUUCAUUCCAUUCACUGUCAGAUUCUCAUCGUUUCUUCUCAUCGUUUCUUCUUCAUUCCAUAUUUCAUCGCUUUCAGUUCCUUGUUUCAGGUGUUUGAAGGUGAAGGUGACCGGAGCCGUAACGACAUGACCGAAGUCGUGACGACGUAAUUCCUUUUUCUCAAGUUAAGUCCAGGCAACCUUGUUGCCGAAAUGUGCUGAAAAGUUAUAGUAAAGCUUUACCGGGUUACUUUUUAUAAUUAUAGUGAGCUUAAACGCGAUGAAAGACAAAUCGAGAGAAAGGAAUGGUUCAACACGUUUAAAUCGCUUGUAAGCUGGGACCGUUGCGAUGAUGCUAAAAUGGAAGGCUUGUUUCAUCAAAGGUGUGCUGCACGACUGCGCGAUAUAUUGCAAAAGGCUAAAGAUCAGGCGCACAAGCCGCCUUGGAUGGGUGUAGAUACAUGGGCGUUUCUUCUUGCAAAGUGGGAGACAAAAGAGUUCAAGGAUGUCUCCAAACAAAAUAAGAUUAAUCGAUCAUCAAGCAGAGGUGGGGCAGUCCAUACGUCUGGUCGUAUAGCUCACCAUGAUGUUGCACUUGAAUUGGCUAAAAAACUCAAGCGACCCGCACAUCCGGAUGAGCUCUUCAUUGCCACCCACAAAAAGAAGAAUGUGGAGUGGGUUGACGAGCGUGCAGCGAAAACACAUGAAACAUACGUGAGUAAUGUUACACAAGCCACACAAAGUGGUGAUGAUGUGCAUGGAUCAACAAGAAUACAAAUGUGGAAAGAAGUUGUCGGAGGUAAAACAAGGGGGCAGUGUUAUGAGGCUGCACAAUUGGCGCGCAACGUAAGAUAUGGAGUGAGCUUCUUGACACAGGUGUCAAUUACAAACCCCAAUAGAGAGGCAGAUAACCAAGCCAUUGAGGCUGCCAGAGCUGAAACUGCUGCAGCACGUGAGAAGCUGCACGAGUUAAUGCGCGAACAGGUGAAUUGGCAAAACAAUUUGAAGAUCUUAGGAAAAUGUUUGAUAUGUUUCAGUCUCGUCAGGCGGGUCGACCUUCUACUUCAAGUGAACAUUCUCAUUAUGAUUAUUCGAUACUUUUACUACUCCUUUGACUUGCAUUUCUUUCAUAGUUUAUACUGGUUUGAAUACUUUUUUUAGUAAGCAUACUGAUUUGAGUGUAAUUAUGACUGCAUAUUUGGUAUUAUGACUGCAUAUUUGGUAUUAUUUAUGGGGGUUAUUAGCA